UAAUUACACUGGAUCCGGUGUCUCUACACAAUCUACCAUGAGUUCUUUUAUAAGACAGAGGCCAUUACCAGAAAAUUGGAUACAACAACCUACCGAAGAUGGUAACACAUAUUAUUAUUUUAAUACAGUAACUCAAGAGAUUAGAUGGACUUACCCUGGUGAUGAAUUCACUCCUGGAAAUUCUGAUUCCGUUGAUGAUAAUGACAUUGUUGUUCCUUCGGAGGGUGUAGAAGGUGAAGUUGUUGAUGAACCUUUAGUGGAUGCUGAUAAGGAAAGUGUUACUAGUUCAAAGGAUAGUGGAUUAAGUACUAGCACUGCUAGUACUGUUCAACAAAAGCCUCAACUUUCUACUGACGAAAAGCUUCCACCUGGUUGGGGUAAGAAAACUACACCCCAAGGAAAAGUUUAUUAUUUUAAUAAAACGACCGAAGAGACUACUUGGAGUCUUGAUAAUAUUGGCGAAGAUGGUCUUUUGAUUAAAACUGAUGACGACGAAGCUGAAAAGCUUCCACCUGGUUGGGGUAAAAAAAUUACCCCCCGAGGAAAAAUCUAUUAUUUUAAUGAUGCGACUGGAGAGACUACUUGGAGUCUUGAUAAUAUUGGUGAAGAUGGCCGUUUGAUUAAAACUGAUGACGAUGCUAUACCUUUUGGUGCUGGUGCUGGUAUUGGCUCUGAAAACAUGAAACAAGAUUAUCAAAAUUGUACGAAUGCCAUUGUUGAGAGCGUUCGUAUCAUGCUUUAUGCUUCUGGUACCGUUGAAAAAGAGUCCCCAAUUAUUCGUCAAAAUAGAACCUUAAAAACUUAUCAUAGGCAUAUAAUGGCUUCUCUAUCAAAGUUGGUCCUUUCUACAAAAGUUGCUUCUGGUGUUUGGCCUCCACCUGAUUCUGCCCAAAAAAUGAAAAACGAUGCUGAUGAAGUUUUGGUUUCUGUUCGUCAAUUUGUGCAAGCUGCUGAAAAUACUGUGGAUAUUAGACCUAUUGACCCUAAAAUUCUAGAAAAUGCUAUCGGUGGUUCUUGGCGCGGUAAUAAUUUGGCUAUACUUGGUCCUAAUAAUAAAAAACUUCCCGCUCCUUCUAUAACAUCAAGUAUUAGUUCUCAGGAUAGUAUUGAUUCUUCUGGUCCUUCCCGUUCCUUAACUCCUGAUAUUUUGGCUUCACUAGAACAUUCUUCUCGUACCAUCUCAAAAGCUAUCAUGUUAAUAAAUAAUCUUAUCAGAAAGCAUACUGAAAUAACUCAAUCUUCUGUGCCCGGUAAUAAUACUGUUGCUAGCUUUGCUCCACAACUAGUAACACAGACACGUCAGGUUGUGACACAUGUUGGUCAGUUUGCAUCUAUGGUUGAGGAUAUUAAUUUAGAAGAUUUAGAUGAAACUAGUCAAAGUUCUGUAAAUGAAUUUAAAAUUGCAAAACAAGCUUUAUAUAAUAAUAUUACUGGUUUGGUUAUGGCCGCUCAAAGUGCAACCGAUCCGUCCCUCAAAUCUAAUAUAAUGGAUCAUGUUCAAAUUUCUGCUAAUGUUGUUGAAAAAUCUGUAAAAGACUUGAUAAUUGCUGCAAAGUUUCUUAUGGAAGAAAAAGAUACACAAGAUCAAUUAAAAAUUCAAAUGCGUACUCCUAGGCAUUCUAAUUCUGAAAUAUUAUCAAACCUGCCUUUAACAUCGAUUGAAGAUGGCGCGAAUGACGUCACUGAAGAUGCUGAAAUUAUGGAUAAUCAAAACAUCAUUCCCAUUAGCCCUCCAGUAACGAUUCAAACAACUGGUUUACAAACUGUACCCGAGGAUGAUGUUAUGAAUACCGAGUCACCUACGAUUUUAAAUGAUCCAAAUUCGAUCAAUGCGAUCAGUACGACUGAUGACCCUGAUAAAAUACCAACUUCUCCAGUUUCCGAUGGUUCUUCUAUGACUGGUAGUCGUUCAUUUUCGAGCAGUACUGUAGAUUCAUCAACAGUAGUAUCAGUUCAAUCUUAUAGCUCAUCUUCUCAACGUAUAAAUACACAACCUGCUGCUCAGCCCGAUUAUCGAUCAUCAUCUCCUCCAUUACCUGGUAAUCCAGGUGGUACUAGGUCACCACGUAGUGAAAGUAAUAAAGUUACCAAAUUCUUUGGUGAAGAUGUUCAAUCCAUAAAUCAAACUCGUGUACAACGUGAAGAUAAACCCUGGUUCCUUAAAUAUGAUUACGAUGAAGCUGAAAUAGUUUUCAAUAUGGAAAGGCAUGUUAAGGGUGGUACUUUAAAUGCUUUGGUAGAAAGAUUAACGAUGCACGAUUUACUUGAUUCAAGUUUUAUAGCAACUUUUUUGUUGACAUAUCGUUCAUUCUGUACCACUGAACAAUUUUUUGAAAUGUUGACCAAACGUUUCAUGAUUUCACCUCCUGAUAAUUUAACACAAGAGCAACUUGAAACUUGGCAAGAAAAGAAACAAACACCUGUUAGAUUAAGAGUUUUUAAUAUUAUGAAGAGUUGGUUGGAAAAUUAUUAUAUUGAUGAUAAAGACGCUUCUUGUUUGGAACGUAUACGUGAAUUCGCGCAAACUACAAUGCAUGAACAUAUGGCUUUUGCGGCAGUGAGUUUGAUUAAAGUCAUUGAUAAACGGGUAUUUAUUUCUUUACAAUCAUCUACAAUCUUACAACAACGAAAGGAUGCUGUCUUUAAAGAAAUGAUUCCUAAUAAUACUAUGUUACCACCACCUUCAAUUAAACCGAAAAAUCUAAAAAAAAUUAAAUUUUUAGAUUUGGACCCAUUAGAAAUUGCAAGACAAUUAACUAUAAUAGAAGCUAAACUUUACAAUAAAAUUAGACCAGUUGAAUGUUUGAACAAGGCAUGGAGUAGAGAAAGUAAAGAAGGUGAAGAUAGCGAAGGUGAAGAAAUAGCCGUAAACAUCAAAGCCAUGAUUGUUAACAGCAAUCAGAUAACUGGAUGGGUAGCUGAAUCCAUUCUUAAUCAAAAAGAAAUUAAAAAACGAUGUGCUUUUAUCAAACAUUUUGUUGCAGUAGCUGAUAGAUGUAAACAAUUAAACAACUUCAAUUCCUUAACGGCAAUCAUUUCCGGUCUUAAUUCGGCACCAAUUCAUCGCCUUAAGAGAACAUGGGAGAUGGUAAAUGCACGAACAAUACAGACGCUUGAUAACCUUAAUAGAAUCAUGAACUCUACAAAGAAUUUCUUUGAUUAUCGAGAAAUGUUACAUAGUGUGAAUCCACCGUGCGUACCAUUUCUGGGUGUUUAUUUAACUGAUCUUACUUUUAUCGAAGAUGGUAAUCCGGAUAUUCUUAAAAAAAAUCAACAAUUAAUUAAUUUUUCGAAACGAAUGAAAACUGCAGAUGUGAUACGUGAAAUUCAACAGUAUCAAUCUGUACCCUAUAAUCUUACUCCUGUACAGGAAAUUCUAAUUUUCAUUCAAAGUCAUUUACAAGAUAGUAGAGAUGUUAGCGAUUUAUAUAGUACAAGUUUGGAUAUGGAGCCAAGGGAACGAGAGGAUGAAAAAAUUGCAAGAUUGUUACAAGAAAGCGGUUUCCUAUAA